AUGGCGAACCUGGGAUUCUUCAAGGAGGUGAUGGCGGAGGCUGUAGACAGGGCGAAGGGCGCCGUGGUGGAGAAGACGCAGGCGGCUGUGGGGAAGGCGAGGGAGAUGGUGGGACUGGUGGAUGCCUCGGCGGAACCCUCGGCGCCUCCCCCGGAACCCUCCAUUCUGGACGAACUGAACCAGUACUGCUCAUUGACGCUGAAACAGGUGCGUUCCUUCUCUCCUGUUGGUUGUCUGGUAGGAAGGCGGGGAAGGGGGGAAGAACGCCAGCGGAAAGGCAGGGGGGAAGGCCGCGGGGAAGGCUGUGGGGAAGGCGAGGGAGAUGGUGGGACUGGUGGAUUCCUCGGCGGAACCCUCGGCGCCUCCCCCGGAGCCGUCUAUUCUGGACGAGCUGAACCAGUACUGCUCGCUCACGCUGAAGCAGUUCAGCCUCUCCCGGAGCCGUCGAUUCUGGACGAGUUGAACCAGCGCUGCUCGCUCACGCAGAAGCAGUCCAUUCUUGUGUUCCCAUCGCCCAUCAAGCUUAGUCUCUCCUUCUCCUCCACACCUUCCCUCCCCACUGAUCCCAACGCCAGUCCAUUCUUGUGUUCCCAUCGCCCAUCAAAUUCGCUCUCACCUACUCGAUCGGCAACCUCAUGGCCAUUGGCAGGUGAGAGGGUGAGCACAGGGUUUCUGAUAGGCUUCACCCGGCAGCUCAAGAUGAUGUUUGACCCGAUCCGAAUCGGUGCCGCCAUUGUAUUUGUCCUCUCACUCGUUCUCACACUCGUUGCUGCUCUUUAUGUUCAAGACGCCCUUCUCACUCUUCUCUGCAUCGUCGUGCAAGCGUGUUCCCUCAUAUGGUACUCGCUGAGCUACAUCCCCUUUGCGCAAUUAUCUUCUAAGCCACGCUCCGUGUUCCCCCCCCCCUCUCCUCUUUUUCUCUCCUUCUCCAUCCCUACUUCUCCCUGA